CAGUGGUGGGAGAAGGGGUACGGCGGUGCUUCCCUUUCUCUCCUUCCCCACCUUCGCCUGCGUCCGUCGACGUCGUCCUGUGAUAUAGCUCCUCCUCCUCCAGCUACGGCCUCUGCCCCCGCUUCUGUUUUUUUUUUGUGUGUGUUUCACGUUCUCGAAGAUCAGUUGCCUUAUUAUCGCGCCCGAUUGAGCGGGUUCCUGUCCCAUUUUUCGUUUUCACCGACGUUGUAUGCAUUCUUGAAGUGGCACCGGUUCUGACGAUUAUUCCUGCUGAAGAAUUAUCUUGUACGAAGUGUUGGUUGUCCUACUUUCUCCAGUCCCCUUUCCUAACAAAGGGAAAUGCCUCGAAAAGUCAAUUUUGGGCUUGACUAUGAUGAUGGAUAUGACAAUUAUGAUGAUUAUGAUUAUGAUUACGAUCAUGAAGUAAAAGAUGAUGACUACGACAAAGAUAAUGUGGCAUCUCAGCUUGGUAAGGAUGCCAACAAGCAAGGAAUCUGGCUUUGUCCAAUUUGCUCAUAUGACAAUGAUGAAACUUCAUUUUGUUGUGACAUUUGUGGAGCUAUUCAAGUUUAUGCUUCCAAUUAUGGCAAACAAAAAGAGUAUAUACUUUGUACAGUAAAUCCUGCAAGCAAAGAUACAGGAGCAUCUGCUAUGUCCAAGUCUCAUGCACAAAUUUCUAUGGCAACACCCAAAACAAACAAUCUUGUUGAUGUCUUUCAGAGCAAAAGGCCUAAUUUGUAUGAGAAAGUACAACCAGAUUAUAGAAGUGCAGAAUCGAACGGUAAAGGGAAAGAGGCUCUAAUAUUAUCUUCACCGGAUAAUGCCAGUGAAAGUGAGAGCAGUUAUUCCAGGGAAAAUAAAGAUACCAUAGCACCAUUGAGCAGUAACCUAAACCAGUUAAAGUUGGAUAAACAUCCCAUUUAUAACAGAAAAACAAAUACAGAAACUCAGUACCAACCGGAAGAAUGGAUGUUAAUAGAUAAAGGACCAGGAACUCUGCAGCAAUUGAAUCUUGCAAUUGUCGGUCAUGUGGACUCGGGGAAAUCUACCUUGUCUGGAAGAUUGCUACAUCUUUUGGGAAAAGUUUCCAAGAAAGAAAUGCAUAAAUAUGAAAAAGAGGCUAAAGAAAAGGGAAAAGGUUCAUUUGCUUAUGCAUGGGCAAUGGAUGAGAGCUCUGCAGAGAGGGAAAGGGGUGUGACCAUGACAGUUGCUGUUGCAUACUUUGACUCCAAGAAGUAUCAUGUUGUUUUACUUGACUCUCCUGGGCACAAAGAUUUGGUACCAAAUAUGAUUUCAGGUGCUACACAAGCAGAUGCAGCAGUUCUCGUUGUGGAUGCAUCAACUGGUUCCUUUGAGGCAGGUAUGGAUGGUUAUGGUAUUGGACAAACAAGGGAGCAUGCUCAACUAGUUAGAAGUUUUGGUGUUGAGCAAAUCAUUGUUGCUGUUAAUAAGAUGGAUGUUGUGGGGUAUUCAAAGGAAAGAUUUAAUUUUAUAAAAUCACAACUUGGUGCAUUUCUUCGUUCCUGUGGAUUCAAAGAUUCCUCAAUCAUUUGGGUUCCUCUUAGUGUGGUAGAAAACCAGAAUCUGGUUACAACCACCACUGAUGUUAGGUUAUCUUCCUGGUAUAGAGGGUUUUGUCUGUUGGAUGCAAUAGAUUCAUUGCAGACACCUCUGAGGGAUGUUUCAAAGCCGCUUAUUCUUCCUAUAUGUGAUGCCAUCAAGACAUCAAUGGGGAAUUUUGCAGCUUGUGGAAAGUUAGAGACUGGAGCUAUCUGUAAUGGUUCCAAGGUUCUGGUUAUGCCUCUAGGAGAGCUAGCAACUAUACGGUCUAUCGAGCGAGACUCAAUUAGCUAUAAUUCAGCAAGAGCUGGUGACAAUGUAGCUGUCACCUUACAAGGUAUCAAUUCUGGUCAUGUUCUAGCUGGUGGGGUGAUCUGCCAUCCUGAUUAUCCGAUGCAAGUAGCUAAACAUUUGGAGCUAAAGAUACUCGUCUUGGACAUCUCCACACCAAUUCUGGUUGGAUCUCAGGUUGAAUUCCACAUCCAUCAUGCAAAAGAGGCUGGAAGGGUGGCAAAGAUGGUAGCGUUGCUGGACCAGAAGACUGGCAAAGUCUCCAAAGCACCGCGCAUCCUCAAGGGAAAACAAAGUGCCAUCAUAGAGGUGCAACUGGACGGAGCUGUAUGUGUGGAGGAGUUCUCUAAGUCUAAAGCCCUUGGAAGGGCAUUCCUAAGGUCAUCAGGAACUACAAUUGCGGUUGGUAUCGUGACCCGAAUACUUGAGCACGAGUCAUAGGCUCAUCAACACAAGUAGUGCCUCUACUCGAACAUGGGCUCGAUGCAUUUCCUAAACAUGUCAUCUUGAGUCCCGUGUUUCUUGUUUUGUUUUUAGGCUGCUUGUACAUUAUGAAAUGAGGUACAAUCUCGUGCGCCCUUAUUUCAGAGUUUGAUUAUGAAACAUGCACUAAAGUUUGAUUCGAUAAUUUAUGUAAAGUUUAUAUAGAUAAGAAUGUGAUAUAUUGUUCCCUGA